UCCAAUAACUAAUCUCACCUAAGGAAGAGACUGGAAGCCUCUAGAACCUUCCGGGCACCGUAAGCGGAAGCUGCCAAUGGAUAGCGUGGCGAAGCUGGCGUCGGAGCGUGCGGUGGUGGUGUUCACGGCGAGCGAGUGCGGCAUGUGCCACGCCGUAACGUCGCUCCUGGGCAACCUGGGAGUGAACGCGGCCGUGCACGAGCUGGACAGGGACCCCCGAGGCCGGGAGAUUGAGCGCGAGCUCGCCAGGAGGCUCGGCGGCGGCCCCUCCGUGCCGGCGGUGUUCGUGGGCGGGAACCUCGUCGGCGGCACCAACAGGGUCAUGGCGCUGCACCUCGACGGCGAGCUCGUGCCCAUGCUCAUGAGCGCCGGCGCGCUCUGGGUGUAGAGUUAACCAAGGACGUCCGUAUGCAUGCACGCGCGUGCAUGCAUGCAUGGCUAGCUCUUAUUGUCAGAUGUGUGUACAUGAAUAAAAGAUGGAAAGAAUGAAAAAAGA